CCGGCGGGGAACAUCUUCCCGCGCGGCGACGGGACCUCGGCGGCUCCGGCACGGGUCGCGCGGCGGCGGCGAUGGCCUCGGCGGCCGUGGAAACCUUCGUGGCCAAGCAGUUGGACCUGCUGGAGCUGGAGAGGGACGCGGAGGUGGAGGAGCGCAGGUCCUGGCAGGAAAACGUCUCUCUGAAGGAACUCCAGCGCCGCGGGGUCUGUCUGCUGAAGCUGCAGGCGUCCAGCCAGCGGACCGGGCUGUACGGGCAGCUGCUGGUCACCUUCGAGCCCCCGAGAUGCGCGUCUGCAGGAGUGCUUCCCAGUAACAGCUUUUCCUCCGGUGAUAUUGUGGGUCUGAAUGAUGAAGGAGGUCAGCUGGCCACUGGGGUGCUGACCCGGAUCACCCAGAAAUCGGUCACAGUGGCCUUUGACCAGUCCUGUGAUUCCCAGUUGAGCUUCGACCAACAGAAUUCCUACCGACUGUUAAAACUUGCCAAUGACGUCACUUACAAGCGCCUGAAGAAAGCCCUGAUCGCCCUGAAGAAGUACCAUGCCGGCCCUGCGUUCUCGCUCAUAGAGGUCCUCUUCGGGGACGCAGCCCCCAGUCCUGCCGGUGACACACGGGCGCCUACCUUCUACAACGCCGCCCUAGACGCCUCCCAGCAGGAAGCGGUUUCGUUUGCGCUGGCCCAGAAAGAACUGGCCAUCAUCCACGGGCCUCCUGGCACCGGGAAGACCACCACUGUGGUGGAGUUCAUCCUCCAGGCUGUGAAGCAGGGCUGCAAGGUUCUGUGCUGCGCGCCCUCCAACAUCGCCGUGGACAACCUAGUGGAGCGCCUGGCGCGAAGCGGGCGACGGGCGCUGCGCCUCGGGCACCCUGCCCGGCUCCUGGAGUCCAUCCAGCAGCACUCGCUGGACGCGGUGUUGGCGCGCAGCGACGGCGCCCAGAUCGUGGCCGACAUCAGGAGGGACAUCGACCAGGUCUCCGUGAAAAUUAGAAAGACCCAGGAUAAGAGAGAGAAAAGUACUUUUCAAAAUGAAAUCAGGCUGCUAAGGAAGGAGCUGAAGGCGAGGGAAGAGGCCGCGAUGCUGGAAAGCCUCCGGGCGGCCGACGUGGUCCUGGCCACAAACACAGGCGCUUCUCCCGACGGGCCCCUGAAGCUGCUGCCCGACGGCUACUUCGACGUGGUGGUCAUCGACGAGUGCGCCCAGGCCCUGGAAGCCAGCUGCUGGGUCCCCCUGCUGAAGGCCAGGAAGUGCGUCCUGGCCGGGGACCACAAGCAGCUGCCCCCCACCAUCGUCUCUCCCAAAGCUGCGCUGGCGGGACUGUCGCUGAGCCUGAUGGAGCGCCUGGCCCAGGGGUGCUGCGCGGGGGCAGUGCGGACGCUGACGGUGCAGUACCGCAUGCACCGGGCCAUCAUGCAGUGGGCCUCGGAGGCCCUGUACCGCGGGCAGCUCACGGCACACCCUUCCGUGGCAGAGCACCUCCUGCGGGACCUCCCGGGAGUGGCUGCCACGGAGGAGACGGGCCUCCCCCUGCUGCUCGUGGACACGGCCGGCUGCGGGCUGUCCGAGCUGGAGGAGGAGGAGGACCAGUCCAAAGGGAACCCCGGGGAGGUGCGCCUCGUCAGCUUGCACGUCCAGGCUCUGGUGGACGCCGGCGUCCCGGCGAGCGACAUUGCAGUCAUCACGCCAUACAACCUCCAGGUGGACCUGCUCCGACAGAGCCUUGCUCACAGGCACCCUGAGCUUGAAAUCAAGUCGGUCGACGGCUUCCAAGGCCGAGAGAAGGAGGCGGUGGUGCUGUCCUUCGUCAGAUCCAACAGGAAAGGUGAAGUUGGUUUCCUUGCCGAGGACCGGCGGAUCAACGUCGCCAUCACCCGCGCUCGGCGCCACGUGGCCAUCGUCUGCGACUCGCGCACGGUCAGCAACCACGCCUUCCUGAAGACGCUGGUGGAUUACUUCACGGAGCACGGGGAGGUGCGCACGGCCUUUGAGUAUCUUGAUGACAUUGUCCCUGAAAACUAUUCCUACGAGAGUUCCCAGGGCCACGGCCAGGCCGGUGCGAAGCCCCAAGGCUCAGCCGGGUCCGCCAGGAAGCCUGGAAGCCGGCGGCCCGAGGGAGCUCGGGAGGCCAGAGCGACCGCCAGGCCGGUCCAGAAGGCGCCGCCCGGGAAGCCCGUGGGCUCUGAGGCCCAGUCUCAGCCCAGCCUCAACGGAGGCAGCCCAGGGGGGCCGGGGAGCAGGGACAGUGCGGACCACUUCCGGGCCCUGAUCGCCGCGUUUGUGGCCAGUGAGCAAGUGCAGCUGGAGUUUCCUGCUUCCCUGAACUCACACGACAGGAUGCGCAUCCACCAGAUAGCGGAGGAGCACGGGCUGAGGCACGACAGCUCCGGGGAAGGGAAGCACAGGUUCAUAACCGUGAGCAAGAGGGCCCUGCCGGCCACAGCGGCCCCAUCGGCUCCGCCAGUCCCACCCGUCCCGGCAGGGACUGACGGCAAAGCCCUUCUCCAUCCCGAGCCCCCCAGCCCCGUGCAGACGGAGCCCCCCGGGCGAGAGCCGAGCAGCGUGGACCUGAGGGCUGUGCACCUGGAGCGACUGCAGAGGGAGAGGGCCAGGCAGGAGCCGCGAGCCAAGGAGGGCCCACGGGCUGCGGGCCCGGGGCUGCGGAAGUUACCAGAAAAGAAAAAGAAGAAAGAUGCAAAAGGACCCGCGGCCCUGGAUCUGCCCUCCACGGAGGACUUCGACGCCCUGGUCUCGGCCGCCAUGAAGGCUGAUAACACCUGUGGCCUCGCCAAGUGCCGGGCCAGCGUCGUGACUCUGGGCCAGCUCUGCCCACACUGCAGCCACCGCUACUGCCUCAGCCACUGCCUGCCCGAGAUCCAUGGCUGUGGGGAGAGGGCCCGUGCCCACGCCCGGCAGAGAAUCAGCCGGGAGGGCGUGCUGUACGCCGGCAGUGGGACCAAGGACCGGUCCCUGGACCCCGCCAAGAGGGCCCAGCUGCAGAGGAGCCUGGAUAAGAAGCUGGGCGAGCUGAGCAGCCAGAGGAGGAGCAAAAGGAGGGAGAAGGAGAUGUGAGCGGCCCUCACACCCUCCGGCCUUGUCUUUGCAAAUGCGGGUGGGGGCAAGCGGCCGCCCCUGGUGCUUUCUGUGCCUUGUAGCUGCUCCGGUGACAUGACCGGGGCUGCAUGAGCGAGCGAGGGGCCUCUGGGAGAGGGUGGGUCCUCGGGCCCAGCGUGCCCUGUCUUGCGCUGGGGUGGGGCGGGCUGCAGUGGCUGUUCCCUGGACCUUCCUGGGAGAGAGCCGCCCCAGGUCUCAGCUUUGCUGGCACCAGGGCCCGUGGGGCUCUCCGAGGUCCCUCGCCAACUGCUUUAAGAGAACCUCAGAUGGAUGUAUUAUUUUAGCUGCAGAGUUUUAUUUGUUUCAGAGGAGUGUAAGUUAUUUAAGAAUUAAAGCUGUGCACACGGCCCACAGUAGGUCCUGCGUUCUUUCCCGUUUUGCUCACUUUCCUGAGGUUGAAGGUGCAGGGUGAGCGCCGUUUGCAUUUGCUCUAAACUCUCAGGACGUGUGUGGGGUCGUGUCGGGGCGGUCCUUGUCCUGUUAGCAGGUGACAGGGAGAAACCACUUCCUGUUCUGCUUGACUACCCCCGCCCCCCAGGGAAGGUCUGUAAUCUGGGGAGGAGCCCAGGGCAGGCCUUUUCCCCGGGGGCUGAGCUGGGUCAGAGAGGCAGCCUGUUGGGCCUGGGGGUUGCCCUGCACCAGAGCUCUGCCUCCCCCUCACCUGCACGGCCCAGGUUUCACUUUUGGGAUCCAUGGCCUCUGUGAGGCUCAGUCUCCUGACCAGGCAUCAGGGCCUCCGUGUCUCAGGCCGUGUUCCUCAGGAGCCUGUCUGUCCUGCACCGUUAUGUGUCCUCCACGCCGCCUGACACUGGGACCACUUUGCUUUCACCAGUGCUGGGCCGCCCCCUCGUGGGCACCCCGUCCUCCUGCCCAGACCCGAUGCCCUCUUUGCACCCCAUGGCCCCCUCUCACCCCCUCAAGUGUCUGGGACUAGACCGUUUGGGAGGGGACGGUGCAGGGACCCCUGUAUUUAUGUGCCACGCCAUCAGUCUGAUUACACAUGAGUAGAGAGCCUGCCCACAUGCGUUUGAGAGGUUUGACGUCACGGUUGCAGGGUGCACGGGGCAGCCUUUGUGCCUGCUGAGGGCGCUUGCUUUAUCUUCCAUCUGUGUGAUGACAAACUCUGAUGCCCUGGCCACAGGGAGGCUGGGCUGUGUGUCCUUGGCCAGAUCAGAGACCCACACCCACCUGGCCAUAGCAAGGCCAGGUUCAGGGCUGGGCCAGAAUCCAAAAGGGCCCACCAGGGUUGCACCCUGCCACCCACACACAGGCACUCUUCCUCCACUGCGGGAGCCUGUCUGCAGGAGAGAGGAGGCCAACGCAGAAACAGCCAACAAUGGGGUGGGGUCACCUGAUCACAUUGCUGAGCACCUGGAUCCAGCCACACCUGACUCCCACCCCAUUCUUCCCAGUGUCCUGAAUAAAUUCCCUUUUUCAGCUGAAGAAAGUCUGCCUUGGGUUUCUGUCUCUGCAGCUAAAAGGGUCCUUGCUGGUCCAGUUGUGCCCACAUCUGUAUAUGUCAGCAUGGCGGGCAGGGCCAAAUCAGUGUUAGAGAAAGAUCAGGACCUGCACCUUCAUCCACAUGUUCUUCCCAGGGGCCAUUCCUCAGGAAGAGCAUGGGCGGGGCUGCUGGAAGGUCCAGAAAUGGAGGACCCCGAGUCUGAAUGCUGGGCCCUUGAAGGAACACGGCUUCAGCAGGUCCCUUCCCUUCCCACCUGCCUCCUCCUCUGCACGGGGACAGGAACAGCCUCGCCAGCUGUGCUGAGAAGUCCCUGCGGCGAGCAGCUGGCAGUGUUGUGUGUUGGCCCGGGUCGGGUUAGCGGGCUCCUCGGGGUACCUGGUGCCGGGUUCGCCCACCUGCCCCCGCACGGAGCAUUCGCCCCUCCACCACUGCCCUCCACUCCAGCCAGUACUGACGCAUCGUUAAAAUGUCAGCGUUGACGAUCGCAAUGCAAGAAGUUUCCAUGUCUCAUUCAGAGAGACCUUGUUAGGAAAAUGUUUGUAGCUGGUUGCUUGAAAAAUGUCUCCCGUUGGCCUGGACAGGGAGCCUAAAAAAAAAGGAAAAAACACCCCAAGCCAAACAUCUGCCCAGCCAGCGAGGGUGACCAAGGGUGACCACCGGCGACCUGCAGGGGCAGCGGAGCCAGCUGAGGCUUCCCGUCAGCGGGCAUGCCUCCUGUCCCCUAUGGGGGCACCCAGGAGCGGGCCCUGCUGGUUCCUUCUUUUGGGGUGGGGGCCACAGGCACAGGAUGGAGCCCUGGUUUGGGAGCCUGUCAGCCCUGGGUUCAUUCCCAGAUGUACCUCGUACAGCCCGUGUGGCCUUGUACUCAGUCUCCCCAUCUGUAAAACAGGGAGAUCAUAGGGCCCGUCUUGGGAUGGCUGUGAAGACGAAAUGCCUGAAAUAUCACAGAGCCCAGAAAUAGGGCCUCCGUGCUCAAAAACCGCCCGCAAGGUUGCAGGGACGACGGAAGAAGCACGUGUGGCUCCUCACAUGGGCUUAGCGAGCAGCCUUUGCAGCUCAAGGCCAAGGCCGGCGCGAGGGCCCCGGGAGCCAGGCAGCUGCCUGCAGAAGCGGCUGGUUCGGGAGUCCUGCCCGUGGUGUGGGCACGGGCGUCCCCCCGAGCAGAGUUUGUCCUCACCACCUGCCCGUGGGCGGAGGUCGGCAGCCGGCCUGGCUGCUCUGUGUUUACCUGGGUUUGUUUGGAGCGUUACCCAGAGGGACUUGUGGGCCGAUGGGCACCACGCUGCUUUGGGACGUUUUUGGGCAGAGCUAUAGCGUGGCACUUAAAAGGAACUGCGUUCUGUGCCAGGAGCGUUGCAAAAGCUGCGGCCUUAUUUGGUCUGGAAACUUCUUUGCUUGGAGGAGAAGCGGAGGGAGUGAGCAGGCUUCUCCUCUGGGCGGGCAGAGUCUGAACGCUGCCAGGAAGGUCGCCCGUUUGUGAACUCCUCCGUCGAUUCUCUGGUGCUGGCUGCCUGCCUUCUUCGCAGCGGUUUUCCCCUUUGCCUCCGCAGCCCGCGCAGCUCUCUUCCACCCCCUUGUGCAACCCACAGCGGUGCGAUGACCGUGCCGCGAGCCUCACCCGCGGCCUGUGUGCGGCGCUGGAUGGAGGAAACCUCAGGGAUGUGCAGACUCGCCCACACAGCCCCCGGGCCCCUGUGCAGACGGUGGAGUCUUCUCCCUCUUCCCUCUGCCGAGAGUCGCCGUUUAUUUACACGUUUUUUUUACUAGAGCUGUGGUUUUUACAUCGUGAGUAGGUUUUGGACUGUCGUGUGCUUUUUCUGAGCCUGUAGGGAUGGCCAUGGGGGGUUUUCCUUUAUUAAGAUGGAAUAUCGUCAAUUGAUUGUUGAAUGUUAAACCAGCCUUGAAUUCCUGGGAUACAUCCCA